ACCAGGGAAAACGUGACAUCGUCAAAAAGGUACGGCUUAAGGGUGAAAAUUGAAUUUGAGCUAUACGUGCAGCGAGGUCAGCGAGAUUCUCGUGGGUCUUUCAGGUCCCUUUCAUUUUCUCGAUAAUUAACCAGUUUAUCACUAAUUUCCAAUCAUUGGUGUUACCAGCCCUGUUCCUUUCUAUACUCUGUCUUCAGUUCUGUUGCCAAUUUCGUUCUUUAAUUCCAACUUUACCAUUGGUGGGAAUUGAUUCGUUAUCGUCUAAAUUGCACUGUCCCAUCGUCAGGGGGCAGGAGGGGCGAGGGGAGAAAACACCCUAGAAGAAUGCGCCGCUAUUGAAAAGUCGCACUAACUAAAACAGAACUUGAACUCCUUACGCGCAGGCAAACAUAUUGUAUAUUUUAAAGAAUAAAUGAGUGAGUGGCGAAAUUUAUAAAUAAAUCCCAUUAUUUCCUCGUAGCGGUCUUUUUUUAAAAAAACAAAAACAAAAAAACAAAAGUACAUUUUCUCGUUAGCUUUACUAUAGAGUUCUACAAUUUGGGAAAACCUGAUAAGAGCUGUGUCAACAUUCGGGUUGAAACACCGUUGGCCUCUCGAGGUGUCACCAUGGUAGGGGGAAACUCACGAAAAAUGUUCUCCAUUUCUUUUAAAGUACACUAGAGUCAGUUUUUAACACUUGGAGUUCGAUUCAAACGGUGUAAACCAUUAUGCGUUGGUUUUUGCACGAACCAAGCCAUUAUCUCCGUUUCAAGUCGACGUUUAGGCGACGAAAAUACGUUUUUUUUAGUGCUAAGUGUAUGCUAACUAGACAAAAGUAUUGUUUGUCGUCAAGAUGUUCAACUAUCCAUUUAAAUCUCUCCACGAACAUGCCAAUUUGCAUGUGUGUUUGCUUAUAUGUACCUGUUGGACAUCAUAUACUUGUCGGUGUUAACAGGUUGAGUAGCAAUUCAAAGUUUAACCGUCUGACUCUGCACAAACACUGAGUUGUGACAUGGGUUCGUUAAAAGGGCAUCUUCUUCCUGGCUCGAUGUUCAUGGUAAUCUCUGUAUGGUGGUUUAUCGGCGAAACUCUGCAAAAAGCCGGUCACAGAAAUUAUUGCAAUCGCUCUCGAGGUCGCUCUCGCGGAUCAAGAGCAGCUGUCCAACCUGUGUGGUAUUCGUGUCCCGGCGCCAGGCUUUCCACAAUACCCGUGGAACCCAUUGUAAAAGUUGUGUUUGCGAUGCUGGGCGUCUUAGCCGAACUCCCCGCUUCCCGUGCAGCUACCUUGCAUGACGAGGAUGGAGAACUUAUCGCCCAACACUUGGAUAACUACACCCAUGCAGUUAUGUACGGUUUUUUUGGCCUUAGCGGCGUUUUCGAUCUUGUGAUGUGGUUUGACUUGUUUCCGCUGCCGCCAAAAUUCGACUAUUUGGUCAUCUCGUUGGCAUUUUGCUUCGAAGGGUUUUUGUUUUGCUUUCAUCUUCACGGGCGAGAUGAACUCAACGUGCGCUUACACACCUUCCUUUACAUUUUAGUGUUUGUCACCGCUGCUGUCUUUUUCUUAGCUGUAAUUUCCGACCAAUUUUUUCACUUCGUGGGUUUUUUGCGAGCUUAUUUAACGAGCUUGCAGGGAAGCUGGUUUUUCCAAGCAGGGUUUGUCCUUUUUGGACCCAACCCGUGGAAAAAUUCUCCAAGCAAUGUAGAGUUUUUGGGGAUCGUGUUUGCGUUUCACGCUUUGACUUGGUUUGUUGUUCAUUUGAUAUUACGCAUUGUCUGCUACCACUGUUACACCAAAAAGAACCAGCUAAACGAAAGCCUCUCUGAGGAGGAAAGCUCCGGCGAGGAGGCGGAUUGCGUGAUGUUGGGAGAGCUUUAGAGAAGAGGAAAGAACAAAAGAAAUUGCGUGAAGAAACAUAAUUAUUCAUUUCUACUGCUAAAUUUAAUUCAUUUACCAUUGUUAAGUGAAAGGCCCGUUUACAGCAUUUGACCAUAUGAGACGCUGUUCUUUUAUUUAUUUAUUUAUUUAUUUUGCUCAGAGACAUGACUUAGGUAACAAUUAGCUCACAGUCUGGGUCAACCUAUAGUAGAUAAAAUGUUUGCUGUUUAUGUUCUAGCUAGUAAUUACUACGUUAGUUAUAUGCUAAUUUACGCGAUUCAGUGCUGAAACCAUGCCUCGAGGAACGUGGUUUAAAACACGUAUCUAACCGCGAACAUCAUCCAUAGGCAAACAUUACUGUUCAAAGUCACUGAACUUAAAUACUGAAAAUUCAAGAAACGGUUUUACUUUUACGCAUUUGAAAAUUUUCAUUUUUUAAAGCGAAAUGUUUACGACCUUAGAGUGGGAAACAGGUGCGUAGAAAAAAUUGUUUGCUAUAUUAAGAUAAUGUAAAGGUAGAAGGAAACGUUAACUAAACUAUUUAACAAGUUAAGGAGCUUACACCAUGUAUUGUACUGUCAUAAAACAUGACAGUAAUUUUUGAAAAAAAUUACUGUAAAAAGAAGAUCAGAUCAUUUUCUUUAGAAAACAGCCUGAGGCCAAUGUUUUCUACACUUCUCAAGUGUUUACAAUUUUCUGGAGUGGCUAAUGGUUUAAUUAGGCUUCUCGAUAUGCUCGUGAAAGAAUAUGAACAAAUAUAGCUGUUUAAUAACCAGCCGGAUCGCCAGCAAAAUCUGAACUGUGUUUUGUUUUUAAAGUCAGUGAGGAGCUUAACAUUCUGCAGAGUCUGUUUUUGCGUAACCGUGCGUGGAUAAACGUUAAUAAAACUUUACACGGUGAGAAUGAAUUUGCAAUUCAAAGCAAGAACUAAAAUUAUUUGAACACGGGUGUCAAAAAACGGCUUACCUACUUCUAGCUAAGUGUUUACUUUAGGCUCCGUCCACGCUACGUCGGAGAAAUUUCGAAACGGCGUUUUCACACUGAAAACGCAUCAAAU